GUGAUCGUAGAUCGGCCAGCAGAAUGGCGUCCGUGAUUCUGUUUCUCACCGUAGUGGGAGCGAUUUUUGGACUGGCCAGCGCCGGGGUGGCCGAUAAUAGAGUGGACACGUUCGGUAAGCAACAGAAUGGGAGCUGCGAUUUGCCGGAAGCCCUGGUGAAGGAGAUCCGUGGCUAUCAACCGAUCGUAAACAAGAUUGUUGACAAGAUAGUGAAUGGCGAAUAUGCCGGCCGCACCUGGGACAGUCUGGCAGAGCUGGUCGAUACGUUCGGGGCACGCGUGGCCGGCAGCGAGCAGCUGGAGAAAGCCAUCGAUUAUGUGGUCGACAAAAUGCAGGCCGAUGGGCUGGAAAACGUACACACGGAGUCUGCGACCGUUCCGCACUGGGUACGGGGGUAUGAGAGUGCCGAGUUGGUGAAACCGUUCCGGAAGAAUCUUCCAUUGCUGGGGCUUGGCAGCAGCGUCGGUACACCGCGCGGAGGCAUCAUCGCCGAGGUGCUGGCCGUGGAAUCGUUCAAAGAAUUCGAAACCAUCCCGGCGGAGCAGGUGCGUGGAAAGAUUGUUGUUUUCUCGCCGGUAUGGGAGAGCUACGGCCGGACGGUGGUUUAUCGCAGUCAGGCAGCGUCGGUAGCAUCGCGCAAGGGAGCCGUGGCAGCGCUCGUCCGCUCGAUUACCCCGUUCUCGAUCGGCUCACCGCACACGGGCCAGCAGCAUUAUCAGGAUGAUGUGAAGAAGAUCCCCGUCGCUUGCAUCACUGUGGAGGACGCCCAGAUGCUGCUCCGUAAGUACCGCCGGGGUGAGCAGAUGGAAAUUCAUCUUGAGAUGGCCGACCGCCCGAUGGAUCCGGUAGUGUCGCGGAACACGAUCGGUGAGCUGGUUGGAACAACGUACACCGACACAUCGGUCGUUGUCGUCUCCGGGCAUCUGGACAGCUGGGAUGUUGGUGUUGGUGCGAUGGAUGACGGAGGUGGUGCCAUGAUCUCGUGGAAAGCAUUGACGUACCUGAAGGCGAUGGGGCUGCGGCCUCGCCGUACCAUUCGGGCCAUUCUUUGGACGGGCGAAGAGGAAGGGCUUUACGGAGGAGCAGCGUACAAAGAGGCACACAAACCGCAAGAGCAGAAGGAAUUUAAUUUCUUCUUCGAAUCGGACAUCGGUACAUUUGAGCCGCGGGGUCUGGACUUUGUCGGGAAUGCUGAUGCCGAAUGUAUAUUUCGAGAAAUCGUCAAACUGAUGGGUCCCUUGAACGCAACUGAGUUUGAAACUCCUACAGAUGGUGGGCCAGAUAUAAGCCACUGGACGACGCGCGGCUUCCCUGGAGCGUCCCUGUUGAACAAAAAUGAAAAAUACUUCUGGUUCCACCAUUCCGCUGGCGACACGAUGGCAGUGGAAGAUCCUAAAAACUUAGACAAAUGUGCAGCCCUCUGGGCCGCCGCGGCAUACGUUGUGGCUGACCUGAGCAUAAGCAUGCCUAAGGAUGUGCAACCGUAAAGCAAAUUCCCUUAUACUCACAUAUCUUUAAUCGUUGAAUCUAUUCACUCAGAAUAAAAGUAAAACCCUUGCCUAUUUGCUCUUUUAA